AGGUUUAGGGGAUGGAGAUGGAUUUCGCGGGGAACACAAUCGGGAUCUGCACGAGAAACAGGACGAGGACGGUGAAGACGAGGUCGAGAUGAACAUGGAAGGGAUCAUUGAAAGGAUCCAAGGGCCCAGUAUCGAAGACCAGAUCCCCCCGUCGGCAUCGUCGUCAACACCAUUACCACCCACAAACCCCUCCCCGGCAACUCCUCCGCUUCCAUACAUAUUCCGACAGAGCCGUACAUACACCGACUCGCAAACCGGACGGAUAUUCGAGAUCCUGUUGACGAGUCCUGUGAUGCAGGGGGUUGUCAAGCGGGGUUCGACGGAGAUCGUGCUCGUGCCGCCCGCAUCUGGGAAUGGGGACGAUGGAUCUGGCAGGCAGAUGGAUGGCAACGAUAGUGACGACGGAGAAGAGGACCACGUCGGGGAUUCGAGACGAGGAGCCAGAUCGAGUCACGAUGCAUUGUUUCAAAGAUCUGUCUCCGCCUCGCGGUCCAUCUCCAUCUCUGGAUCAGCAUCGGCCUCAGGAUCAGGCUCAGGCAUAAGCAGGAAGAAAUGGGGAGCUGGGGAUUUCGACCCGGACACUUUUCUGGCUGGUUCUCUGCUGCGGGAGAGGGACGAGGACGAUGACGAAGAUGAUGGAGUUGAGGAUGCCGAGUCGAAAGGAGAAGACGAGGACGGCGAAGACGGCAGAUACCGGCAUUUAGAAGAGCAUGGUAACGACGAUGAUGGACCGGACGAAAAUUCCGCGUUGUCUUAUGCUCCUACCCCAACUCUUUCGGUCAGCUCGGGUUCUCUCACACCGAGACCUUUCGGGUCGCCCGUCCUCGUACGCCAUUCGAGCUUUUCUUCAAGUCGAUCCCGGUCGUCCGAAAGCCUCUCGGGUGAGGUCGAUAGUCAAGUGGAGGAAGACGUUCAAGCGCGACCGGGACUACAAGCUCGAUCUUCAAAGUCGAAGGAGAAGGAAGAAUUCCGAGGGGUCGGAUUUGAAGGAGUCUGUUUGACCAGAAUGCCUAAGGGUAAAAGGAGAAGCAAGGGGAAACAGGUGCGAGAUGUAGACGAGACAACGAAGCCGAAGGAAGAAGGAUGGCCGGAUGAGGAUUCGAGGUGUUGGUUGACCAUGGAAGGAUUGGCACGUGCUGGGGUGUUUGUGGGCGAUUGGGUGAGUUGAGGGUGUCUGAGGCAUGAACUCCAUAGCGCGGUGAUGCUAAUCGUCUGGUUCUUGACCGGAUACAAGGUCGUCUUAAGGGUUUCAGGAGGAUCGAGCGAGGCACAGGCGAGGUUGGUACAGGUUGACGU